UCCAUGGCGGAAAGUUCGGAAUUCGUUGACUUAAAGCUGUCUCCUGCAUCUGAUAAGAGGAUUCCGUUGGUGAAAUCUAGACGAGGCGAUACAUGGGUGGUUUCAGUGUUCGUAAUAAUCCAGAUUGGGGUUUUCAUAGCAACGAUGCUUGUUAAUGACUGUUGGACCAAUUCUCACGGUGAUUGUGCUCUCCAAGCUCUCGGAAGGUUCUCGUUUCAGCCUCUCUCCGAGAAUCCCCUCUUAGGUCCUUCCCAGUCCAAGUUAGAUGAAAUGGGAGCUCUUAGAAAAACCUUUUUGACAGAAUAUCAUCAGACUUGGCGUCUUUUCACAUUUCCAUUUUUGCAUGCUGGACUGUUCCACCUUGUCGUCAAUCUCUGCAGUGUGAUCUAUGUUGGAAUUCACCUAGAGCAGGAGUUUGGACCACUAAGGAUUGGUAUAAUCUAUACACUGUCUGCUUUUUUGGGUGCCUUGGUGGCUUCUCUUUUUCUCCAAAACACCCCAGCUGUUGGUUCUUCCGGUGCUUUAUAUGGAUUACUGGGAACAUUACUUUCCGAACUUGUUUGGAACUGGAAAUUUCGUGUCAAUAAGAUUUCAGCAAUAGCAUCAUUAGUCGUUGUCUUUGUGUGCAAUUUCGUCCUUGGUUUUCUACCUUACGUAGACAAUUUUUCAAGCAUUGGAGGUUUUAUAUCAGGAUUCCUUCUUGGAUCUGUUCUUUUAGUCAGCCCUCAGCUCCAACAAGUAGCUCCGAAUAAAGGAGGUGUAAUUGAUUAUGGUUUCAAAAGUUACAUCAAGUUAAAGUUGAAGCAAAAGCUGGACAGACCAGUUCUCAGGAUUGUUUCUCUUAUCCUCUUCAGCCUAUUAUUGGCUGGUUGUCUUGUGGCAAUUCUUUAUGGAAUCAACAUCAACAGUUAUUGCACAUGGUGUCCGUAUGUUGAUUGUAUACCUUUUACAAGCUGGCACUGCAAAGACAUAGAAGCCUCUUGUGAGACAAUGGUGAGUAAUGCUCAGCUGACAAUGACCUGUUUGGGGAAUGGCAACUUCAGGGUCUUUCCUUUUACCAACAUCUCUCGGGCAAGGAUUAAUGAUUUGUGCAAUCUGGUAUGCUAA